AUGGCACAACCACCCCAGCUAUCCCCACCUCCGGACCACCCCAGCUAUCCUCACCUCCUGACCACCCCCCAGCUAUCCCCACCUCCUGACCACCACCCAGCUAUCCUCACCUCCGGACCACCCCAGCUAUCCUCACCUACGAACCACCCCAGCUAUCCCCACCUCCAGACCACCCCAGCUAUCCUCACCUCCGGACCACCCCAGCUAUCCCCACCUCCGGACCACCCCAGCUAUCCCCACCUCCGGACCACCCCAGCUAUCCUCACCUCUGGACCACCCCAGCUAUCCUCACCUCCGGAACACCCCAGCUAUCUCCACCUCCGGACCACCCCAGCUAUCCUCACCUCCGGACCACUCCAGCUAUCCCCACCUCCUGACCACCCCAGCUAUCCUCACCUCCAGACCACCCCAGCUAUCCCCACCUCCGGACCACCCCAGCUAUUCCCACCUCCGGACCACCCCAGCUAUCCUCACCUCCGGACCACCCCAGCUAUCCUCACCUCCGGAACACCCCAGCUACCCUCACCUCCGGAACACCCCAGCUAUCCUCACCUCCUGACCACCCCCCAGCUAUCCCCACCUCCUGACCACCCCAGCUAUCCCCACCUCCGGACCACCCCAGCUAUCCCCACCUCCGGACCACCCCAGCUAUCCUCACCUCCGGACCACCCCAGCUAUCCCCACCUCCGGACCACCCCAGCUAUCCUCACCUCCGGAGCACCCCAGCUAUCCCCACCUCCGGACCACCCCAGCUAUCCCCACCUCCGGACCACCCCAGCUAUCCUCAGACCACCCCAGCUAUCCCCACCUGCUAUCCUCACCUUUAUCCUCACCUCCGGAACACCCCAGCUAUCCCCACCUCCGGACCACCCCAGCUAUCCCCACCUCUGGACCACCCCAGCUAUCCCCACCUCCGGACCACCCCAGCUAUCCUCACCUCCGGAUGUAUCCGGACCACCCCAGCUAUCCUUCUGUAGCUCACUAUCCCCACCUCCUGACCACCCCAGCUAUCCCCACCUCCUGACCGCCACCCAGCUAUCCCCACCUCCUGACCACCCCAGCUAUCCCCACCUCCUGACCACCCCCAGUGAUCCCCACCUCCUGACCACCCCCAGCUAUCCUUACCUCCUGACCACCCCCCACUGGGACCACCCCAGCUAUCCUCACCUCCUGACCACCCCCAGUUAUCCCCACCUCCUGACCACCACCCAGCUAUCCUCAAGACCAAAGGGAACCACCCCAGCUAUCCCCACCUCCAGACCACCCCAGCUAUCCUCACCUACGAACCACCCCAGCUAUCCCCACCUCCUGACCACCCCCAGCUAUCCCCACCUCCUGACCACCCCCAGCUAUCCCCACCUCCGGACCACCCCAGCUAUCCUCACCUCCGGACCACCCCAGCUAUCCUCACCUCCGGAACACCCCAGCUAUCUCCACCUCUGGACCACCCCAGCUAUCCUCACCUCCGGACCACUCCAGCUAUCCCCACCUCCUGACCACCCCAGCUAUCCUCACCUCCAGACCACCCCAGCUAUCCCCACCUUUGACCACCCCAGCUAUCCUCACCUCCGGACCACCCCAGCUCCUCACCUCCGGAACACCCCAGCUACCCUCAGGGAAAAAGAGCUAUCCUCACCUCCUGAUCACCUCCCAGCAUCCCCACCUCCUGACCACCCCAGCUAUCCCCACCUCCGGACCACCCCAGCUAUCCCCACCUCCGGACCACCCCAGCUAUCCUCACCUCCGGACCACCCCAGCUAUCCCCACCUCCACCCCAGAUCCUCACCUCCGGAGCACCCCAGCUAUCCCCACCUCCGGACCACCCCAGCUAUCCCCACCUCCGGACCACCCCAGCUAUCCUCACCUCCGGACCACCCCAGCUAUCCCCACCUCCGGACCACCCCAGCUAUCCCCACCUCCGGACCACCCCAGCUAUCCCCACCUCCGGACCACCCCAGCUAUCCUCACCUCCGGAGUCAACCCCAGCUAUCCCCACCUCCGGACCACCACAGCUAUCCUCACCUCCGGAACACCCCAGAUCCCCACCUCCGGACCACCCCAGCUAUCCCCACCUCCGGACCACCCCAGCUAUCCCCACCUCCGGACCACCCCAGCUAUCCUCACCUCCGGAACACCCCAGAUCUCCACCUCCUGACCACCACCCAGCUAUAUACCCCAGCUAUCCUCACCUACGAACCACCCCAGCUAUCCCCACCUCCAGACCACCCCAGCUAUCCUCACCAGGGGGACCACCCCAGCUAUCCUCAGUCAAUCCUCACCUCCGGACCACCCCAGCUAUCCUCACCUCCGGAACACCCCAGCUAUCUCCACCUCCGGACCACCCCAGCUAUCCUCACCUCCGGACCACUCCAGCUAUCCACACCUCCUGACCACCCCAGCUAUCCUCACCUCCAGAGUCACCUGUGGACCCCAGCUAUUCCCACCGGGCUAUCCUCACCUCCGGACCACCCCAGAUCCUCACCUCCGGACCACCCCAGCUAUCCCCACCUCCGGACCACCCCAGCUAUCCCCACCUCCUGA